GCCGCAAAGAAAGAAAAGCAAGAGCAGAAGACGCAGAAGCGUUUCAAAUAUGCACGGAAGUGCGAGGAACAUGCAGGUGUAGUCGGACACAUGUAAAUCUUGUAGCAUAGCGUCUCGGGACACCCGUCCUUGAUAUGUGAAGGCAUACCACCACGCUAUGGCAGCUGUGUGGCAGCAAGUAUUGGCCUUGGAUGCGCGAUAUAAUGCCUAUAGGUCGCCACAUGAUCCAGGCUUCCGAACAUUAUACAUAAGGCGAAGAAGUCAGCUACUAAGGGAUGCCCUGAAGGAAGAGAGAAAUGUAUCUUUCCGGAGGCAGUAUUUGCGUCUACGAAGCCUGCUUUUGGCCCAGCGUUGUGGACUGGCGUUGGAUCAAGCGAGUAACAGGAGUAAUCGGAGCGGAGGAGCCAGGAGCAGUAGCCGCAUGACUAUUGAGACCAGCGAUUCAUUUGAGGCCCGGCUACCCACAGCAGGAGAGAGAAGUCGUCGAGGCUCUCUCAGCACACGACAGAAGUCCGUAACAGAGGAAGGACUAGUUCCUACUCAUGCGGCCGAGGCAAGCAGAGCUAUUGUUGGAGGCACCAGCAUUUCUGAGAAUUAUGCCUUUGCUGGAAUGCAUCACAUCUUUGAUCAGCAUAAGGAUGCAGUGACCUCUGUCAAGUUUGCAAAUAAUGAAAAGUUCCUACUGGCCUGCUGUUCUCUGGAUGGGAAAUUAUCUAUCUGCGGCUUAAACCCACCAUCUGUCCUGCGGGUGCUUGAAGGGCAUUCAAACGGCAUCACCAGCUUUGAAUGGUCUCAGGCCAAUGACCUCCUGGUAUCUUCCUCGCUGGAUGCAAGCGUCAAGUUGUGGGAUGCCCGUACGGGUUUGUGUGUUCGUACAGUUCCAGAUUCUGCAGGUGCCCCCAUCCUGUCUUGUGUCUUUCAGCCUGGGAACAACAAUAUGGUUGUGACUGGAAAUACUCGUGGGCUUGUGCAAGUUGUGAACAUCUCCACUGGCAUCUAUUUGAAGGGCGGCAGCAGCCAGACAACCGGCCGCGUUCUUUGCAUGACCUUUGAUCCUAGCGGGAAACUGCUGUGGGCUGGUGACGACCGCGGCUAUAUUGUGUCCUACCUGUUUGACAUUCCUUCUGGGAAACUCACAAAGGGAAAGAGGCUGCUGGUGUCAGAAAAUUGCCCUAUCACAUGCCUUUCUGCGAGGCAGUGGGCUAGCCGUGAGGCAAGGAAUCCCUCAGUGCUUGCCAACUGCGCUACGGCCAACGUACUUGCACUCUACAGCGUACAAGGUUGGGACGGCAGCCUGAGUCUUAAGAGGAAGUUCAACAUCAAACACCGUAUGGCCACCAUGGUGCGGAGUUCCUUCUGCCCAAUCAUGUCCUUUCGACUUGGCACAUGUGUCGUGUCGGGAAGUGAGGACCAGUGUGUGCACAUCUUUGAUGUGGAACGUCCACGUCCCUUGGUAAACAAGCUCCAGGGCCACUCAGCAGCUGUGCUUGAUGUGUGUUUCAACUACGAUGAGUCUCUGCUGGCCUCCAGUGAUGCUCUUGGAAUGGUCAUCUUGUGGAAGCGAUCGGCUGUGUGAACAGUAGAGGCAGUGCCUUGACCAUCUCCACCAGGAUAGUCUCCGUGGCCAUGAAGGGCAACUCUUCACGCAAGUGCUGCGCUAUCACCUCGGGGUACACCACCAAGCCUUCGGUGACGUUUUGCAGGGUGUUGAGGAGGAUAUCUGUUGUCAAGAAUGCUUCGGACAAACUGAUACGUCUGCCAGGAAAUAAACCUUCUUGAAAUACGCGCAA